AUGGAUAUAGAUCCCAAGCCUCUUAAAAAAACUAAAAGAACAACUAAAAUGGAAUAUAGGUAUUUAGGAAACAGUGGACUUAAAGUGUCGGUUAUUUCUCUUGGUGGAUGGGUAACUUUUGGUGGUCAAGUUGCUCCUGAAACUACAAGAGAAUGUAUGCAAAUAGCAUUUGAGAAUGGGGUAAAUUAUUUUGACACAGCUGAAGUAUACGCUGGUGGGAAAUCUGAAUUAGAUAUGGGCAAUGCAAUCAAAAUUUUGGAUUGGAAACGUUCAGAUUUUGUAAUUUCAACAAAGAUAUUUUGGGGUGGAAAAGGUCCUAAUGAUAGAGGGUUAUCUAGAAAGCAUAUCGUUGAGGGGCUGAAUGCUUCUUUAAAAAGAUUAGGUUUAGACUAUGUAGAUUUAGUAUAUGCACAUCGACCAGAUCCUGAUACACCAAUGGAAGAAAUAGUUAGAGCAUUUAAUUUUGUGAUUGAUCAGGGUAAAGCAUAUUAUUGGGGAACAUCUGAAUGGCCAGCUGAUCAAAUUGUUGAAGCACAUGGCAUAGCAAAUAGAUUGGGUCUAAUAUCUCCAUUGGUCGAACAAGUGCAAUAUAAUAUGUUUCAUCGAGAAAGGGUUGAAAAUGAAUAUCUUCAUUUGUUUAAAGAAUAUAAAAUGGGAGCAGCUACAUGGUCACCACUUGCAAGCGGCAUCCUAACAGGUAAACAUAAUAGACAAAUAGCUGAAGGAUCAAGACUAACUCUAAGGGAGAAUGCUGUAAUGCAACGUUUAAAAGAAGAACUGUUGAGCAAUCAAGGGAAAACUAAGCUUGAAAAGGUUGAGAAUUUAAAGAACAUAAAUGCAGUAGGAUUAGUUUCAAAAUUAACACCAGAAAUCUUGGAAGAAAUUGAAUCAAUAUUGGACAACAAACCACCAAUGCCAUUUAAUUUUAGAGAUUCAUAA